AUGUCUGAGGGAACUGUGCCCGCACAACCUGGAGGCCCCGGCGGCACUACCAGGCAGUGGCGGAAGGGACUUCGGUGGGCUGUUGGCUCGUAUUGUGGGACGUUCAACCCUGUCACCAAGAAAACCACCACUUACAAAUGUCUAGUCGAACACGUCAGUGGUCCGGACACUGCGCCCCCGAAUGAUGUUUACUGGGAGAUUUAUAGCAUCAAUUAG